AUGCGGGAUAAGCUGCUAGGCAAGGAGGGCGGGAUGGGACGCGCGCUGGUAAUAGGAUGGGUGGUGACGACUCUGGGCUUUGUGCUGGCGACGGCGUUCUGGAAGGGAGAAUUGUUUGGCGCACUUGACAGACUAUCGAAAAGCCUCCUCGCGAUGGGCCUCGAAGGGAAGGUCAUCUUCACCUUCCUCAUUUUCAUCACCACCAUCCCGCCCCUCCCCCUCUACUCGACUCUGAUGGUCCUCGCCGGCUACACCUUUGGCGUCUGGGAAGGAUUCGUUGUAUCCUACAUUGCCAGUCUAUCCGGUGCGGUGAUCGUCUUUAUCGUAUCGAGGACUCUGCUCCGGGAUGUAAUUGCCAAAUCUCUGAGCAAUUCGCCCACUGCUCAAUCCCUCCUCUCAAUCAUUCCGGCCAACCCCCACCUCCUCCUGCUCAUCCGGAUCGCUCCCUACCCCUACAACCUCCUCAACGUCAUCCUCGCCUCGGCCCCUUCCCUCUCCCUGCGGACCUAUACGGCAUGUACGGCCGUCUCACUUCUCAAGCUCGUACUUCACACAUGGAUCGGCGCCGGAAUCCACGACAUCGCGUCUUUCGGGCACGGGCCUCAUGGCGGACACGGCGGGCCCCCUCUCGGUGAGGACGGAGAGGUCGGCGGUGAUUGGGAGGGCGGACAUCGGUAUGACGGCAGUGGAGGGGAUGGGUUUGGGCAUCAUCGGGGCUACCCACACGGUCCGGGCUGGAGGGCGGAUCAGAGGCAUCGCGGGCGGGUCAGGAUGUACUCGACCUGGAUCGGAAUUGGUCUUUGCGUUGCCCUCUUCUUCUACCUCACCCACCUCGCCAGGAAGGCUUUGCGGAAGGCGCAGGAAGAGGAGGCGCUCAAGAGGGAAGAGGAGAUGCUUCUGAUGACUAGCAGCGAUGAGGAGAGCUGA